CUUUAGUUAAAGAGCUGUGCUUGUUUCCUUACUGUCUUGAACAGACUAAGCAAACAGAGAAGUUCCCCUUUAUUUAAAUGUUCAUAGCCUUGCUUGCCAGUGUUCUCCUGCUGCUGGGUUUUACACACUGUGGGGGGUCAUCUUUGUCUUUCUAGGCUCUCAUUUGAAAUGCUAGAGCUAGCUUGUUGCUUGGUAUACUAUUUGGUUAGAUAAAAAGCCCAAAAACACUCCAUAUUAUAUGUUAAAGUUAUGUGCUUUGGCUGCAACUAUCAGUGUUUUAGGGAGUUUCCUGCUGAGAAGUACAGAAAUUAGUUCAGUUUCUCUGUGGGUGCAUCAUUUCCUCCUUCAGAGGGGAAGAGGGAUUCAUUGGGGGAAACCAUUUAUUUGGCCUUCAAAAUGCAGACUGUCAGCUCAGCCCUGCAGAGACAUCCGUAUCAGAGCCAGGUUUCUGGAGCUGUUUGUGACCAUGAGUAGUCUGAGACGGAGUACUGGACACAAAGAGCUCUGAACUGAGCAAAAAUAGCUGGUUUUGCUUGUCCUUGGCCUUCACACAGUCAUCACAAAUGUGAAGGUCUCUAUGAUUGAGGGAGGAGUGCUGAAACUUCUCAGGCAGGGGCAAAUCCUUCUCUUACUUUUUUCCCUCUAUUAGCAUACAUGAGCAAGGAUUUUGUGGAGGGAUAUCUGCAGAUUUCUUUUUCUGAUAGUGCUCUCCUAAACCUCCGUUUCACUGAACAAAGCUGUAGUGGUUUGGUUGAUAUUGUAAGGAACAGAAUGUGACCCAUGGGUUUAAAAUGAGACCAGCAUACAGGUUCUGUUCAGUUUGUGCCUGUUCAUCUGCAAUCAAGAAAAUGCAGAAUUAUUUCUGUGCUUUUUUUAAAGAAAAACACAAGUUAUAAAUAAACCUUUCCGCUGCUGAUUUUAAAGUGAGACAUAAAGAUGUAGCAGAGAAGACCAGAGAAAAAUGUUAUCACUAAGCCUGUAAUCUUGGGUAGCUCUUCAAGAACAAGAGGUCAUCUGCAGAAAGAGUCUCUUAAAAUCUCCCUGUCUGCAGUUUUCCAUCCAGAUUCAUGCAAGACUCUAGAAAGGAGAUGUAGGUUCUACUUAUCUCCAGUGCUGAGUGAAGUUUAGAAAAGAGAAUCCACCAUCUCUAAGGAUAUGCACUCAUUGGGAGAACAUGACCUUCUUAUUUUUGACCUUUUGAAUAUAUAGGUCUUAACGCAGAACUAAAUCCCAGUAGAUAAACCAAGGAGUAAAGAUUUUGAGUACUACAACAUCAGCAUAAUUCUGAGAAUAUUGUCAGUAUCACUUCCAGGCUUUCUUUUAAAAUGUUCAACUCAUAGUUCCACAAAAAAAAAAAAAAAAAAAUCAAAAAAGAAACUCUCCUAUGGAAUUUCCAUUAAGCAAUGCACUUAGGUCUGUGUGUUUCUGGCAAAGGCACAUCUUUGCAGAACAUGUCCUCUAAAAUGGUUUUGAUAUUUGUUUCAAUCUAUCCAGAGAAAGAAGUAUCAGUUUGCAGAAAGAUUCACUCAGUGAUAAUGCCUAUCUGGUUUUUGCCUUUUCUCUCUGUCUAUGCUUUAUAAGACAAAAUGGGGGAAAAAAAAAAGAAAAAGAAAAGGAAAAAAAAAUUUAAAAAAAGACUUCUGAGGAAUUUCCAUGUAAAAUGAAAACAUAAAAGAAGACUGAUUAAUUUACACUGUCAAUUGUCAGGCUGUAAUAUGAUUAUGCUGACAAAACUAAAAAAGGAAAGGUUCAGAGCUCAUAGGCUUUUUAGGAGAGGUCGUUAUCUUAGCAGAUGGGAAAAAUUUGUUUCUGAGCAUUCUGCACUUCCUAAAUUCACACAACACACAGGUAGGUAAACACUGACUGAAUGCUGUGGAGGCUGCAAAACCUUAAGAGCAGCUUGCCAGGGGGCUGUUAUUUCCAGUGAAACAUAAAAUAUGAAGGCUACAAAAUGUCAGUGCUGAGCAAUAAUCCUUAAGCAAAGGGAAAUGGGUACUUUCAGGCUACUCAUCCCCCUGCAUCAGAGUGCCUUCAGCAAGGGAUUGGAAUGGCAGGUGUGAGUAACUCCAAAUGGCACAUGUAACUCCCCCUCUGCAGGCUGCGCUGCUCAUUCUUCUGCCUUUCUGCAGGGAGAUUCACCUGUGGUGCUGCCUGGGAAAGAGCCUCUGCAGGGAUGGUGGAGACUUUUGCCAUGGUCCUUCUGUGGGACACGGUGGGAGAGGCUGGAUGUUGCUAUGAGGAAAGGAGUCAGCAAUGACUGAUGUGGAGCCUGUGGUCACAGAUUUUGCCGCAUCAGGACGGGCAGGCCGCCGAAACGCCUUACCAGAUAUCCUGGGCUCUCCUGCUGGUGCUGGGACUUCAGACCUGCCACACAAACUGGCUGAGCUCUCUGUUUCAGAAGAUGCAGGAGCAGAGAGUGGAGAAGUGUCAUCAUCCAAAGCCUUGCUGGAAAGUCAAGAGGCGGAAGGAAAAUGCAGUGAUUCCUAACGCCUGAGGACUUUUGGAUUCAUGAAUCCCAUGAACAGACUUCCCAGUUUCCCUGUGUCGCCCCUUCUGAAGUGUGGUAGCAACUUUAGCAGCACAGAUAUGACUUUGCAACACACUUGUACCUAGGUGAUUAUGUGGAUUGCAUACAGUUCUUUCUACUGUCAUCCUUCAAAAGCAAUGUUCUGCAUAUCCAAACAGGAAAAGAACUAAAGAAUGUAUCUCUUGUUUUCAGUUUUCUCUCUUGUUUUGUUAUAGUAUCUGUCCUAACUAAUCUUCUUUGACAGCUCUAAUUAAUAUACCUACCAGGAAUUAAUCAUUGUUUCAAAAAAAAUCCUGUUUCUUAAUUUCCCAAACCAGCUUAUUUUUCUCUGACACAGAGGUGUGUUUACUCCCCACAAGGUGAUGUUAAGUAUAUAUUAGAUUACAGACAUUAUCUGUAAUUUAUCUCCCAAGAUUUUUGUUCUCAUUAGACAUAUAUAGAUGGGUGUGAGAAAAAAAUAAUUACAUAAAAUAAAACUUUCUCUUACUCGGGUCACCAGAAGGUUUUAUAAACUACUUAAACAUCAGUGUUUGUUUUGAGACUCUCCUUAUCUCUCUUUAAUUAUGGCAGAUCAUCUCAGUUCUCCCGCUCUUUGCAGUCUCGCCACUUUGGCCAUUUGUUUUCAUGCUGAAUAUUGUAGCUGUUCAUGUGUAUCUCAAGUAAAGUAGGUAGGUUUGUAUAUGAUGAAAAUUGUUUAAUCUCACUGUGGAAAUUAAAUAUCUAUCAUAUUUUCUGUCUUCAGUUGAUUUCUUAAUGUUUCUCCUGUAGAACAAUAUUUCAAGCCAAAUGAGACAUAUUUCUUUUAUUUCAUCUAGAUUUUGCUUUGUUGUUUGCCGACAGUGAAUAUAUUUCAAUCAUUGUGACUUUUACAAAGAUUUUAGGCAAAGUUUUUUCUUUACUGAAAGGACUUGUUUUGUUUUGGAGAUCAUGCUCUUGAAAAUACUUGUCAUUCAUUCCCUUAUUGUAGGAGGCUUAAGAUUCAGGUACAGAUAUGAACCUUCAUGAUUCCUUGGGUAGCAGCCACUUAUGUACAUCAUGAAAACAAAGGAAGCAUCUCUGACGGGUACAUCCCACAUGUGACUGGUAUUCCAUCUAUGAAAUAUUUGUGCAAUCUAAACCUGGCAAAGAGCUUGUAAGAGCUCAAGAGAGCUUAUAAGGCACUACUUUCAUUCCUGCUGUGCAUUUACUCAUACCCUGGCUUUUGGGGACUAUUCAAUAAAGGAUCCAGUUUAAUUCAACUGAACUGAUAAUUGGUUCCCUCCUCUUAAAUCUGUUUUGAUUUAAUAAAUGCAAGAUCCCAAUUUUUUUUUCAGAUUUGGAAAUGUAAAAUAAUUCACUCCACUGGAUCUAAACACUUGGCUUAAGAAAGUCUGAAAGGCUGAACUAGUUGACACUGGAGGACCAGAGCUGAAAACCACAGUGGAGAGGGACUAGGAGGUAACUAUUUGUGGUACACACUCUUGUUCUGAGUUGUAGUCCCACUCUCCUAUACCAGCCUCCUUUAUGGCAUCACAGUACAUCAGACUGGUAAAUUAGAAGAAACUGUGGUGAUCCCAUCAAAAUCAAGUAUAUAAGUAUUACUGAAAUACAAGUGCUUAUAUGCUUUGCUCUUCUGGGUCAUGGCCUAUAUCGAAUUCUGUGCUUCUUUCACAGUUGCAGCACUGGAUAUAUUUAAUUUCUUCUCUGAUACAAUACAGACAUUGAAAUUUGGGUUACAGGGAUAGAUACUUUGUUAGUCUAAGCUAGUUUGAAAUUUUUUGCUAUUAACACACCAAUUACGAACCAGCUGAAUUCAGCAAAUUAUUCAUGUGCUAAAUUCUAUGUAAAAAAACCCCAAUCUAUAACUGAAUACAUAAAUGGCAUUAACUGCUCACAAAUGUAGAGUUUACAACUAGUCAAGAAUGCUCAACACCCUGGGGAAUUAUUGUAAGCACUCAGGUGUUUAGUUUGUACUUGAGUUUAUGAACCUGUCGAUGAAAAUAUGUUGCGUAGAAACAAGAAUUUUAACAGCAAACAUGAAAAAACACAGCAGUAAAAAUUAAGAUUUAAAAUGCAAUAUAAUUAAAAGCAGGAUGAACAUUUUUAAAAGGUCUGUAAUACAUUGUAUGUUUAUUAUCUAGUUGCAAAUUAACUAAGUUACAAUCACAGAAAUUCUUCUUUGCCAUGUGCAUGUAUGGUUUGUGUCUAAACAAGUAUUAGUCUAGAUUGCAUGAGAGAUUUCUUUUAUAGUUAGUUGUAGCAGUAGGAAUAGGUAGUUAUGCCUGGAUUUUACCAAAUUUCUCAGUUGUGAGCCAAAUGCAUAUUUCUGACCAGUAUAAACUGACUCACAAACUGACUGACGUGGGAGACAUUGUACCAUUUAAACUUUGGUCUUUGGAGCAGAGUUUAUUUGUUGUGCAUGAUUCUUCACUCAGGCAGAAGGGAACUCACCCCUUUAGGCCUGUCUGGGGGGCUUUAUGCCAUGCUGUCUAAUACUCUGGGGCUUGGGGAAGCUUUGGUUCAUUUUCUUGUUAGUGUGCUGAAGACAGAUAAUAGUCCUACUAAACUUUCAGCUGAGUCUGCAAAGAGCAAAUGAGGUGCUUCUGAAUAUGUUUGUCAUUGAGCCAGUGUAUCCAGUUUCAACCAUUAUCCAGGCUGUACCAUCCUCCCUUAGUUCAACUAAUGAGUAAUUGAUAACAGUGCAUUCUCUUGGUUCACAUGGCCACAGUGUUAUGGCCCUAAAUCAGCAGGGUAUUUUAGAACAUGCUUAAGUUUAAAUGCAGAAGGGUUUCACAGGACUCAAUAGAACUACUUAGGUGCCUAAAAUUAUGUACAUACUUCAUUUCCUUGAUAAAUGACAGCAGCAAUCUUCUAUUAGGGCUAAUCUGGUAUUAUAAUGCAUUAAUCCCAAUUUCCAUUCCAGCAAGUUUGGUACAGGUAAUAGCAUCUUUUUCAUCAUCUUACAGCACUAUCCUGGGCUUUCAUAAAGCAAAGAAUUUCAUGUUAGUACCGAUCAAAAAUGGUAACUUUGUUGUCUCCAUAUCUUAGAACAUGAAGCAAUUAUCCAUUCUUAGCCAUUCAGCAUGCUAAAAAAAUGGCAGGAAGUAUCCUUGUAAUUUUAUUGUGCAUCUAUAAAACAAUUGUGGUUAUUUUGAAUAUAUAGAAAAUUCUCCUUAAUGUUUCCCAGACGUCAUUAAGAAAUUGUAACUGCACUUGACUACUUAAAAAUUACAGGAGAGCAGUGGCUAUAAGAGGCUUAAACUGCACUUUCCUACUACUACCACUUUACCUACUACCAUUAAUAGGCUAAAUAUCCUUUAUGUAUCACACACAUAAAGAGGAAUACUUCAAGGUUUAGCAAAUUAGUAUUAGUUCAUAUUCCUCUCUUCUGUCUGCUAGUGCUCUAUAUGUGCUAAAGCCCAUGAAAUUGAACAAAGACUUCUCCAUGGCUUUCUCCAUGUGUGUUCAGGGAGCCUAAGCCCCAGAUGGUGGCGAGUGUGGGUUCCCCUGGUCCAGACAGCUCAGACCAGUGGGGCUGAGCCCACCGGGGUCCCAGGGCACUUGCUCUGAAGUAGAAAUCGCAAAAGGCUUAAACUGUCCUGCCAUCUAGUGGGAUCCUGAGCUUACCAGGUAGGCUGUGCAAGGCAGUGCAGGGAGACAAGUUUAAGAGCAACCUCGCUGCAGACUGGGCUGGUGAGAGGCAGAAUGUCUCUAUCUGAUCCAACACGUUAACUUCAGAAGUUUUGCCACGGGCAAAAAAAUCCAUGUGAUUGCAAACAGAAAGCAUCUUGUGUUUCCCCACCCAUAAACUCUUAUUGUAAAGCAGGUGUCUGAGUCUGGCUUGGAGCCUACCUUGCUUUAGGUGCCGACUCUGCAAUUUGGGCUUGGGUGGAAAUCCCACCACAGAUGACUGUUUUGACCUUUUUUAGGGAUAAUUGUGUUUCAUCUUCCCAACCUGAAGCUGUUCUACUUUGGCUAGUAAUUAGCAAUCAUUACUGAGAGCUCUUCAUUUACCGUCUUGGUUUAUUUCUCUCUUCAGCCCAGUGGGGACCUUCCCCAUAGAUGUAAGCAACAGGAACCCUGAAGGCCAUCACUUCA